GGUCCCAUGCAAUUUUUAUUCUGUAAUUCUGUUCCCUACUGGGAAAUGCUACAUUUAUACUUAUUAAUCCUUCUUAAAUUCCAUACAUACAUGUACAAUACUUUCAUUUUGAUAAGAUAGACCUGGAGAUCUUUGCCUAUAUUUUAGGCAAAAGAUACCUGGUAGUGAGGGGAAGUUUAAAAUGGACCCCCUGGAAAUGGAACUCAAGACUGCAAUUGCCUUUUUUGGACAGCGCAAAGAUUAGGAGGGAUUGGAGGGAUCUGAGGAGAAGCAAAAUCAUGAAGGAGAGAGUAAAUUACUAAGGAGAUAACUGCAUUUGUUCCUAGAAAAGAAGCGUCUUGCGAAUAGAAGGUAGAUAGCGGAUCGCAAGAAUUCAUCCUCAGCAGAGAUGUCCUGACUGGAUGCAAAAAAAAAAAAAAAAAAAAAACAAUCACUCCGGGGGUGGUGGUGGAACCCAAAUCUUCUGCUAGAAUGGGUGACUCUCCCUGCGCUGGAAGGAGCCACAGGCGGGAUAGCAGAACGAUCUCGCUUCCUCUGUUAGGAUUCGCGGACGCUUACAAAAGAUUGCGCAUAAAUGAAAAGCCUGUUUUUUCUCCCUCCUCCUCCCCCUCCCAAGAAGGUGAAGUAAACGGAGAAAAGGAUUUGCGCGGGAGGCGAACGGGAAAUAGGGAUGAUUGGGAUUCGGGAUCGCUUGCUUCACGGGGAGAAAUUGAGGAUCCCUGCCUGGUUUUUUUUUUUUUCCAAUCCUACAGAAGGAAUAUUUACUCCGGGAACUGCUUUAGCCUGAGCCGGUGGGAGAAACUGCUGCGUUUCCGUCAGGACGUUUUUUGCUGUGACACUCACUCCUCCUUUUUCUCCUCCUCCGCCACCCUCCAGCCUUGCCCACCCAUCUCUGAUCUAGGUAGCUCCUCCACCCUUUAGGCAGAUCUUCCUUUCCUUCUCCUCGGGGGUCUUCUCUUUCUUCCGACUUGCUCUUGAGUUGUUCCUUUUUUUUCUUUAGGACUGGCCCCUCUCUUCUAUGAGACUUUAAGGGGAGGAGAUACCCUGUUCUGUAUAUACCCUCAUUAUUGAUUUUGGGGAGUGGGGGAAAGGUAGAUGACAGUUGCCAUAAAUAGAAGGAUUCGGACUCUUCAUCAUCACAAAAACCACAUCGGUAGCGCUAAAGGGGGUCGUGGCCGCUUGCAGAUGGAGGUGGCUGAUUUUAAACUGACAUUAGGAGCCCAAUGCUAACUCUACCAAGUCUUUGGGUGAAUAAUCAGCUUGGAUUCAUCUGCCAGGAUGUUUUGGCAUUGCUUGCCACCGGCUGUGCCUGCUGGGUAGGUUCUCCCAAUUUUGGAUUUUUUUCUUAAGAAUCAUCUUCACUUAUAACUCUGCUUUGGACAACUUUGCAGCUGUCUGGAUUGUUACUUCAGGACUAUUGCCUGCCCAGUUGAAGAUGCCUUUGCUGUCUUUUUCUUUCUGAGCCUUUCAGGCAGGGGUAUGUUCUGCCAGGCACAUCCUUAUGGAGAUCUUGGAUUUAUAUUUCUCAUGGUUUUGCUUGGAUCCCUGCCUGCCACUGCCAGUUGAUAGGUGGCCCAAAGAGCCCUCUUGUCUUCUCCUGGACAUUACAGUGGCAUCCUUCUACAGGAUGAUAGCACAAGAUGCAUGGUGGCACCAAUUGCACCUUGCUGUGAAAGUUAGGUGCAGAAAUGAGAGUUGAGACCAGAGAUAUUGGAACAUCACCCAAGCAGGACUUGGUACUGCGCCCCAAGGAAAUCACUCAUACAUUCAUACAAAACUUAUGGAGCUGCAUUCCAGAUCUAUAAGGGAUCCUCAUAAAUUAUCAGAAACAUUGGAUUGCCUGCAAGAACCCAAAAGCAAUGUGGGACAGCACAUCAAGCUGGAGAUGGGGGUUGAGGGAGAGGAUGUUCCUCCUUCACCUCCUAAACUCUCUCGGCCACCAGCACCUUCUCCUAGCGGCACCCUUGUUCAGAGUUUGAAUGGCUUACCGGGAACAGACAGGCGGGUACACGCUCCGGGUGUGACCACAACAAGCCUUGACCAAGGAGAAACCUCUCGACUAGGGCAUUACCUGUUGAUUGACAGUCAGGGGCUGCCAUACACUGUACUGGUAGAAGAGGGAGUGGGGACACCAGGGGGCCCUGAAGGGGGUGGGAGUGGGGGGGCCUUGCGCAAAGUAUACAGCUGCCCUGUGUGCUUACGAACAUUCGAGUACCUGUCUUACCUGCAACGCCACAGCAUUACUCACUCAGAAAGCAAGCCCCACGUCUGCCGGGCAUGUGGCAAAGCUUUCAAGCGCACGUCCCACUUGGAGCGCCAUAAGUACACCCAUUCAGGCCGGAAGCCUCAUCAGUGCCCCAUCUGCCAGCGCCGUUUCCGUGACUCUGGAGAGCUCUCCCAUCACCAGCGGGUGCAUACUGGUGAGCGGCCCUACCAGUGUGAAGCAUGCCACAUGCGCUUUGGGGAACGCAAUACCCUCCAGAGGCACAUCCGCCGGAAGCAUCGUCUGCAGCUCCUCCCCACACAGUAAAGACUGGUCUUUGGGGAAGGGGGACUUAAUUUGGCCUGAAGAUCUAUUUAGGAAAGCGUCAUCCAGGCUCUGCUAGCUUCCAUGCAUGCAAUGGUAAUCCUAGCCUGCUUAAAUCUUCCUGGGUUUUAUCGGUCCAAUAUUUCCACAUCAGUCAACACAAUGACAACCAGUUCCAUAGGAAAAACAUGAGUGGAGAAUUUCUCCCAAGUCUGCUAAAAAUUAGCAGGUGUGCUGGAAGCAGCUUGCCAAGAUUUGUCAUAGACCUCUUCUACUUUUACUUGCCAACGAGGACCUGGUAUGAUAUUUUAUAGAAACUAGAGAAUACCAUGCCUGUAUGUUCCUGCCCCCUCAACCUGCCAGGAAGAUCCUUUCCCUUCUACUUUGUUCCCAAGCAUCACUGUUACCAUUGCCUAUAUAGGCAGUGCAUACCUAGCAUGGAUACAAUGGCUGAAUAUCACUUCUCCACCACAUGCAGCAUAAUGGUUGCAUUUAGCCUGGCUAUUAUGUUCUGGCAGGAGCCUUUUUCUUGUGCCAGGCCUAAAUGGCAGGGAGACUCCAACAGGCACUGAGUAAACUUACACAUACUGCAUAAACACUGCCUUUGUUGUCUAUGCCCCAAAGGUAUGUUUUAUCCGGUAGACUGACAUUGCAUGCCUAUUAAUGCAUUUGUAGAACUGGUAUUGAAAUCUAUCGCCUGUUAAGCCUGGAGAUAAGCCCUCCCUUUUCAUGUAUCUCUCAAUGCACAAACAGCCUGCUGGAAAACUAGGGCCUUCCUAUCCAUUCUAAAGUUUGUAUCAAGAGUCCAACUGGUGUGGGAAGGGAUGUUAAACUGGGCAGCUGUGAGGAUGUCUUUUUCUUCUACGUGGCAUUUCAAAGAGAACAGAGGUUUUGUCCAAGUGAAUGAUAGAAGAGGCUGGGGAAAAUGUCAGCUAAAUUCCAUAGUUCCUGGGAAACAAGGAUUUGACUCUCCCUUUAUGAUAAUGUGAAAGUACAAAAAAGUGAGGGGAGGUGUGCUUCUCUUACAGUCCCUUAGGUACUGUUUUUGAAGUAAGCUGAAAUUAGGAGGAAUUGUUGUUUACAAUUGAGUCUCCCCCCUGUUCCUCUCAAAAUUCAAGCACUGCUUUAAGACAUCUUCACUUUUUUUUACAAGCAUAAAAAGUGGGAACUGGGGCAGCAAAGGAUAAAAUAUGGCAUACAGGUAAUCCUUGACUUAUGAUCGCAGUUGAGACCAAAAUGUCUGUUGCUAAGUGAAACAUUUGUUCAGUGAAAUUUGCCCCAUUUUAUGACCUUUCUUGCCACAAUUGUUAAGUGAAUC